AUGAAUGAUAUACCUGAACAUGUUAUUCAUGACCGAAAAAAUGUUGAGGUGUUUUAUAUACCAGAUACUUUAAUUGAUAAUAUAAUUAGUCAUGUUGGAGAUAAGGCAGAUGGGCCUAUUCGAGGAAGAAGAUGCAGAAGGCCAAAUGGUACGAUGGAAAAAGAAUGUACUAGCAAUUCACCAUCAUCCACUGUCAAAUUUACUAGAUCUGGCCGUAAGAUAACCAGCAGGUUUCGAAGACUAUCAUUGAAUGAUGACAGUUGUAACAAUACUGACUGUAAAAGCGAUUUGAAUGGUGAUGUUGAUGUCGAAUUAUCUAAGCCUGAUGUUGUUCCAGGGAAGUUAUUUGAAUCUAAUGAUGUUGAUGGAAAAGAUAUCUUUUCAUUUAGAACACCGAACCGCCAAAACAGAUUGACUAAUAAAACUGGAGAGGUUCAGCCCAAAAGUAGUGAAACUCCUAAGGGUAAAAUGUCAAAGACAAUCUGGACUCCGAAUGCUUCUGAAGUAGUGAAAACCAAUACCUCCAAAACACCCUAUAGUUUGAGAAAUCAGCUUAGAAAGCGGCUUGUUGAUGAAGCAGCAAAACAGGAAUUGGAUAGGUUACUAGAGGAUAGCGGUAGUGACUUUGUUCCAUCUAGCAGUUCUGAUAGUGAAUCAGAAUCUGAUUCAGAUUCUUCAGGCACUUUUAAACAGGAGGAAGAAGACACUAAAUACCCAACACCACCUAAAAAAUCAAGACAGCAAAUAAAAGAUUAUGUAUUUACCUCUGAAGACUAUUUUGACCGCCAAUAUUCAAAAACUAUGACCUCUAGUCACACUCUUAAACAAUUAAAAACUCCUAGGUUAGCACAUAGCCAGCUGACAUCCUUGCUGAAAAUGGUACCAUCUACUCAUGAAAAAUCUCUAGGUUUUCUAAAUGGAGGAAUAAAGAAUUCUUUCAGGCAUUGGUUGUUUUGUUUUAGUGAAGGUUAUAAUGUAUUGCUUUAUGGGCUUGGUUCUAAAAGGAGAAUUCUAUAUUCAUUCCAUUAUAAAUACCUCCAAAACAGCAAUGUUCUUUGUAUCAACGGCUAUUUCCCUGACAAUUCUAUUAAACAGGUUUUAGAUACUAUUGCUUCUGAUGUCUUAAAAAUUCAAAAUGUUCCUACUCAAUUUCAUGAGAUUGUGGAGGCAAUUAGUGACAAACUAAAAAGUAAAUAUGCGAAGAGGCUUUUUAUUUUAAUAUCAAAUUUAGAUGGCAAGCCUUUUCAAAAUGAUAAGGCUCAAGCAGCUUUUGCCGAGCUAUCUAGAAUUGAAAAAAUACAUAUGGUUGCCACAAUUGACCAUAUAAACAGUGCCUUAUUGUGGGAUCAAAAUAAAUUGAGUGCUUUCAACUUUAUAUGGGAAGAUUGCACAAAUUAUGGCCCAUAUUUAGAUGAAACAAGCUAUGAAGGGUCAUUGAUGGUAAAUUGGUCUGGUGGAUUAGCUUUGUCAUCCUUGAAGAAUGUAUUUAGUUCCCUUACUGUAAAUUCUCGCAAAGUAUUCAAGAUUUUGUUGAACCACCAGUUGGAACAUAAAAGUGGAAAAUAUUCAGGCAUGCACUUCUCUGAACUAUACAGGCAGUGUCGAGAAGGUUUUAUUGUCAGUUCUGAUCUUGCUCUUCGAACCCUAUUAACUGAAUUUACUGACCACGAGCUAGUCAAAUGGAAAAAAGAUACUGAUCAUCUUAUAAUAACUGUUGAUCAAAAUAUACUAAAUCAAUUUAAACAUGAACUUAUUUGA